ACAACUACACCCAGCACACACCAGGGGCCCUCACUUAGUGUGUUGUUACAGGUGUCGAACUCAAGGCCCGGGGGCCAGAUGAUACAACUACACCCAGCACACACCAGGGGCCCUCACUUAGUGUGUUGUUACAGGUGUCAAACUCAAGGCUCGGGGGCCAGAUGAUACAACUACACCCAGCACACACCAGGGGCCCUCACUUAGUGUGUUGUUACAGGUGUCAAACUCAAGGCCCGGGGGCCAGAUGAUACAACUACACCCAGCACACACCAGGGGCCCUCACUUAGUGUGUUGUUACAGGUGUCAAACUCAAGGCUCGGGGGCCAGAUGUGGCCCGCCACUUCAUUUUAUUUGGCCCUCGAAAGCCUGGAAAUAUGUAUCAAUAAAAAUGUUCUUACUAAAUGUAUUUCUUUCUAUUUUGUCAGGAAACAAAUACAUGUUCUCCAUGUCAUCGCAAAUGAUGUCCACUUGAAUAUAUACAAAUAUAUAAUCACACAUUCAAACCAUUUUUUAAUAGAAAUACAUAAUAAUAAUAACUAGAUGAUGUGUGAAUGAAAUACAUAAUAAUAACUAGAUGAUGUGUGAAUGAAAUACAUUAUAAUAACUAGAUGAUGUGUGAAUGAAAUACAUAAUAAUAACUAGAUGAUGUGUGAAUGUUCCAAUGUGAAGUUGAAGUGAAAUGCUGACAGAAUGAAUGGAAGAAUAGUUUGGAUGUUGAAGAGUUUGAAUUUCCAGGAAAAAAUGUAACUUCCAACUCCAGGUACGACACACACAGGUGAUGAUAAAUAGCAAAUACAUUUUGCGGAUGCCGUAAGAUGUGGGCGUGGCCUGGCGUCCAACUUUGCUGUGAUGCUUGGCCACAAAACACUGAACGUUAAUAACUGGACUCCACAAAAAGCAGACCUUGAUCCUAACUGGUAGGAAUAAAGGUGACACCCAUUACCUGUUCAUACCUAUUUGUAGUGGGCGGAGCUCUCAUUUCUGCACUGGAGGUGAUCAGUGACAGAUAUUUCAUUGAGCGAUGCCAGGCUACAAAAGAAUGACAAAAUGUGGGCGUGGCAUGGCGCCAAACUUUGGUCCGAAAGGUUCAUAAUAAUUUCUACAAAUAACGAGAGUCUGAAGUUGCUUUCAUUUCAUUUCAUCCAUUUUCUCCCGCCUGAGUCCUUGAGCAAAGAUCAAAGUAGCGGAAGCGCGUCUUUAAGCGACUUGAAACUCUGCCGGCAACAUGGCGGCCCCUUUCAGUUUCCUGGCAGAACCACUUCCUGCCAAGACUCCCCGCCGAGGCCCGGUCAAAGUCCGGCCGGCUCUCUCCUGGCACUCGCUGGCUCUUCCAUUCAGCAUCUUUUCCAGUCAAACGGCCUCUUCAUUAUUUUACUGCGGGGCUGUGAGGUGCACUUUAAUGAAUCUGUGCAACAAAGACUCUUUUCAGCGCGGCGGCGGGAGAAAGGGGGCUAUUUAGACCCUCUAGGGCUUUAUGUCAGAGGCAGCCCAUAAUAGUUGUCACAUUCCCACUGGCCAGAAAUGGACUUAAGUCCGCGUGGAGGGAGAUGUUUCUGUUUGGAAGCAAAUAUUUUCCCACGGCAGGAGGCCUCUCUCGCUACUGUAAAGAGUUGCUGAAAGUCCAGGAGAGGUUCUGCUGAAGGACGCAGGUGGGCGGGGAAAGAGUUAAACUUCCAACGCCCCUCCCCGUCUGCGGGGAGUCCGGCCCCCUGAAAGAUCCCCUCGCCCGCUGCAGAGCUCCUCACUCCAGCUCGGAAAUGUGCGCCGGCGUCAGGGGGGAACAUGCUCUGAGGGACUUUCCGGGAUCCGGGCGGCCGCCGCAGGGAUAGGAGGACGGGAAUGGCCGUCAUGAACCCGCCGUUCAUGAAUUUCUGCUUCCCGGGCUGCGUGACGGAGUAUGACGUGGACAAAAGUCCGGACGGGGGUCUCCUGGGCGAGGCAGAGAAGGAGGAGGACUACAGGGAGACCACCAGGGAGCUCCUGAGCUUCAUGGACUCGGCCUCUAGCAACAUCAAGCUGGCCUUGGACAAGCCGGUCAAGUCCAAGAGGAAAGUCAACCAUCGCAAGUACCUGCAGAAGCAGAUCAAGAGGUGCACCGGCAUCCUCUCCCCCGACGCGGCGGGCAAGGGCCCAGGGUCCUCCGCCCAGCCUGCAGGCCAAAGCAAGACGCUCCCCAAGCGCGAAGGUGUCCAGGCCAGCAUGCAGAGCCGCAGCUUGGCCGCGCUCUUCGGCCCCGCCAAGGACGCCAAGAAGCCGCCCCUGCGCCAUCGCAACCUGCCGCUCUCCUUUUUCACUGAGCCCGCCAACUGCUCCACCGUGUCCCCCGCCUUGUCGGGGAUGUCGCUGAGGGACCUGGAGCGCUCCAACCCGGAGGCCGCCGACUUCUUCGAGCUGCUGGGACCAGACUACGGCAACGUGUCGGCCGAGCAAGAACUCUACCAGGCCGCACGGGGGCAGACGGACUUGGUGGGCCUGGAGCUGUCCGCUCACGACGCCCACCACUUCGCCGGGGGUCUCGUGUACUCGGAGCCGUGGACUAGCUGCUCGCCUCCACUCGCCAGAAAGCUCCCGGAGAGUCUGCGGACCGCCGCCGCCCAGCCUGCGCUCUACUGCCACCCAGAGGCCGCAGCCGUGGACGACAACGCCCUGUGCUCCUUGGCCUUCUCCAACUUCUUUGCGGAAUGUUCCAUACCUCACUUCGAUGACUACAGCAGGACCACGUACUCAUCGCUAUGACGACACUAUUCUUUGUCGCUACGUAACAAGAACGACUGCGGACCGGCCAGGACCAUUCGCUAAUGUAGCGUUAGCAUUAGCACCGGUGCUAGAGUUGUACAAAAUGUUUAUUUAAAAAAAGAUGUAACACAAAUGUUAGCAUGAGCAUUCAGUAGCUACAGAACAAGUGUUUCGUACUGCUGCUUGAAUGUUUUCUACAUGUUCUAACACCGAAGAUGAAACCCUGACUGGCGGAUGUUGCCAAUGCAAAGUUACAAAAUAAAAGUCGUGGUCGUUCUGACAACGCUCUCGAGGCGGCGACAUUUCUCCUUUUUAUCGCCUUCAAACUUCCAUGACGGAUGCUGAGAUUUAGCGCUAAAAUGUUUUUUUUUUUUUAAAUCUGUGCAGAUGAAAUAAAGCUGGUCUUUAUUGUCGCCUUUUUUGUCUUCUCGUCUUUUUCUUGAAUCCUGCAAAUUGGAGGCACCGAGCGGAAGUAAGACGCAAAGAGAACUUUCAAAGUAAGAGACAUGACUUGGCUGCUGGGUUCAUUCUCCACCACUAAUAGACAAUUACACCAGGAACCACUCCUAUGUCAGCGCUAAUAAUGUGUAAUAAACUGUUCUAAUGAUUUACAACAAGUAGGAGCUGCUUUUUACGACACGAUACACAAAUGUGUGUUUUGUUUUGAGGUGAAGUGCUCUUUAAAAUG